UCGUUCGAGAUAAAUUUGUCAUGGAAGCCGAAUAAAUAUCUGAUUCGCAAUUAUAAAAAUCCACAUUUCAAAUAAGUCAAUUUACCUUUUAAAAUAUUAACAUUGAAAUCGAGAAACGCAGUUCAUUUUGCCUUUGCCAGCAAAAGUUGCCAGGCGUACUCAGCUGAGCUGAGUGCAUUGAAAAAGUCGCAAAACUUUGUGAAAAUAUUGCAGCCGGUGCGGAAGUGCAGAAAUAAUUAAAACUCAUUUUAAAGAUAUAAAUAAGCAAUGACUGCAUUUGAAGAGUUUGGUGUGCUGCCAGAGCUUGGCAAAGCGACCGAUGAAUUGGACUGGACUUUGCCCACCGAUGUGCAGGCAGAAGCUAUUCCACUCAUCCUAGGCGGAGGCGAUGUCCUGAUGGCCGCCGAAACUGGGUCUGGUAAAACGGGCGCCUUUUGUCUGCCGAUUAUUCAAAUUGUGUGGGAAACAAUACGCGAUUUGCAGCAGGGGAAGGUGGGUAAGGGCGGAUCUAAGACUGCUGGAGCUGUUGCUCCUUGGACCAUGUCCUUCUUCGAUCGCAACAAUGCAUUGGCCGUCACUCCGGAUGGCUUUCGUUGCCAGUCGCGAGAGUUUAAGGAGUGGCACGGAUGUCGGGCCACAACUGGCGUCUACGGCAAGGCCAAGUUCUAUUAUGAGGCCACCGUAACGGAUGAGGGUCUGUGCCGUGUGGGCUGGUCCACGCAAAUGGCCAAUUUGGAUUUGGGCACUUGUCGCUAUGGAUUCGGUUAUGGAGGCACUGGCAAAAAGUCCAACAAUCGUCAGUUUGAUGAUUAUGGCGAUGCCUUUGGCAAGGCAGAUGUGGUGGGCUGUAUGCUGGACCUGCAGCGUCUGGAGAUUAGCUUCACCAAGAACGGCACUUCUUUAGGCGUUGCCUUCAAAAUACCCGAAAAUCUACGCAACGACAACUUCUAUCCAGCUGUGGUGCUUAAGAAUGCCGAGAUGUUAUUCAAUUUUGGCAAAACAGAUUUUAAGUAUGCGCCCGGCAAUGGUUAUGUGGCUUUGUGUCAGGCGGGUCCAGACCAUAGCGCUCCCAAUCCACUUGCCAAUCCCACAGCCAACCCAGCGGGCAACAAGCCGGCGCCAAAUGCACCGCAAGCCAUCAUCAUUGAACCCAGUCGCGAGCUGGCCGAACAAACCUAUAAUCAAAUUGAGAAAUUGAAGCUGCAUCUGAGUCAUCCGGAGGUUCGACCGCUGCUCCUCAUUGGCGGCGUACGUCUCGAGGAGCAGAAGGCGGAACUGCAGAAGGGCAUACACAUUGUGGUGGGCACCCCCGGUCGCCUGGAGGAGCUCAUCAACAGCGGCUUUGUGCAGCUCACCCAUUGUCGCUUCUUUGUGUUGGAUGAGGCGGAUGCGCUGCUCAAGCAGGGCUAUACGGAUCUGAUUGAGCGGUUGCACAAGCAAAUCCCAAAAAUAACCAGUGACGGAUGUCGCCUGCAGAUGAUUGUCUGCUCCGCCACGUUGCAUGCCUUUGAGGUGAAGAAGAUGGCCGAGCGCCUAAUGCACUUUCCCACCUGGGUAGACCUCAAGGGUGAGGAUGCUGUGCCCGAAACAGUGCAUCAUGUGGUGUGCAUAGUGGAUCCGCAGACAGACACCAGUUGGCAGCAACUUCGUCAACCAUUACGCACUGAUGGUGUUCACGACAGCGACAACGUUCAUCCCACACAUCAGUCGCCAGAGACGCUUUCGCAGGCUGUAAAAUUGCUCAAGGGCGAGUAUUGCAUUCGGGCCAUUGAUCAGCAUAAAAUGGAUCGCGCCAUUCUCUUCUGCCGCACCAAGCAGGACUGUGAUAAUCUGGAGCAACAUUUGCGCCAGCGUGGAGGUCAACGCUACUCGUGCGUUUGCCUGCAUGGUGAUCGCAAGCCGCAGGAGCGCAAACAGAAUCUGGAAAUGUUUAAACGCGAGCAGGUCAAGUUUCUCAUCUGCACAGAUGUGGCCGCACGUGGACUGGACAUCACAGGAUUACCAUUCAUGAUUAAUGUAACGCUGCCGGACGAUAAAUCGAACUAUGUGCAUCGCAUUGGUCGUGUGGGACGCGCUGAGCGCAUGGGUCUGGCCAUCAGUUUGGUGUCCAAGGUGCCGGAGAAGGUGUGGUACCACGGCGAAUGGUGUAAGACACGCGGCCGCAACUGUAAUAACACAAAUUUGACUGAUGUGCGCGGCUGUUGCAUUUGGUACAAUGAACCUAAUUUGCUUGCCGAGGUCGAGGAUCAUCUGAAUAUCACCAUACAACAGGUGGACAAAUCUCUGGAUGUGCCUGUGAAUGAUUUCGAUGGCAAGGUCGUCUAUGGACAAAAGAAUCUCAGCAUGGGCACUGGCUAUGAGGGUCAUGUGGAACAAAUGGUGCCCACUGUCCGCAAAUUGACCGAUUUGGAAUUGCAAUCACAAUCUUUAUUCUUGAAACGCUUAAAAGUCUAAAGUGGUUCGAUUUUUGGGUUUGCUAAACUAUCCGAAAUACUUUCUUGGUUACGAGUACACAUAAAUUACAUAAAUAAACUAA